UAAUCUUAACGCGUGGUGGUGACCUCCUCUCUUCUCUUCUUACACAACACGAUCACCCCAAUUCGGACCGUAAAGAGAUUUUAAAAAAAAAAACUUCAAAAUCGUCAUCAUCAUUGACGAACACGAUCUAAAUUUCCUUUCUACAUAUAUAAUUCCCAAACUCCAGAUAUUUUUUUCCCUUUUUGGGUCUUUGUUGUAUAUCCUACGGUGACGUUGUUGUAGUUCCCAAACCUUCCAUUACGUUUCCGACUUAUCUUUCGUUUCAGCUUUCCCCUUAUUUGUAAUUGUGAAGUUCAAGUUUGAAGAUAUUUUUCACCAUUUGAUGGAUUGAUCUGUUUUCGAUUUCUUUCGUUUCCGUAAGGGUUCAAUUGAUUUCGAUCAGAUUGAACCCAGAUUCCUUAUCAAUCCAGUCCAGUCCAAUCCAAUCAGGGAUACUUCACUUGGACUCUGAAAUCGAUCUUUGAUCUGUUUCCUCAAAAAAGGAUUCAACUUUUUCUGAGAUGGUAUAUUUCCAGAACUCAAUCUCACUCGCAGACCAAUCUCCAAUCAUGGCUCACUCUGCAGAUUUCAAUCAUCAUUCGAAGCAAUCAAGAAGCAUCAACAAGAGAUCAUCAUCAUCAUCAAGCUGUUCUUCAAAUUUCCCAGUCUGCUGUGACGGAUCUAGAUCAGCUGCAAUCGAUGUUCUGAUCCUAAUCGCUGUGAUCACGUCUUCCGGGUUCUUGAUCUUCCCUUACAUCAAAUUCAUCACUGUCAAGUCUGUUGAAAUCUUCUCGGAGCUGUCUUGUUUAGUCAAAGAAGAGAUUUUGCGUAACCCUGAUCCUAUUGUCUAUGGUUUGAUAGCUUUGAGCAUCUCGUGCACUGCGUUAUCUGCUUGGAUGAUUGUUAUACUCUUGUGUAGUCGUCAUAGAUGUGGGAAACCCAACUGUAAAGGUCUUAGGAAAGCCAACGCCGAGUUUGAUAUUCAGUUAGAGACUGAGGAUUGUGUUAAGAGCAGUAACAAUGGAAGCAACAGUGGGAAGAGUGUUAGCAAGAAAGGGUUGUUUGAGUUGCCUCGUGAUCACCACCGUGAGUUGGAGGCAGAACUGAAGAAGAUGGCUCCACCGAAUGGGCGAGCUGUGCUGGUCUUUCGGGCGAAAUGCGGGUGUUCGGUUGGGAGAUUAGAGGUUCCUGGACCUAAGAAGCAGCCAUUGCAGCAAAGGAAGGUCAAGAGAUGAAGCAAAAAGGUUCAAUCUUUUUGAGGUAAAGUUUGGAUCAAUACUACAGGGGAAUGAUGAUGAUGAUGAUGAUUACUUUGAUUAGCUUUGUUCUUUUUGGUUUAGUUUCUUUUUCACAACAACUUCUUACACAAACUAAUAUAUGUUAAUCUCCAUGUGUUUAAAUAAAAGCUUUACAUUGAGAGGGAUAUUGCAGAAAAAUAGUUUAUACUUAAUAAUAAUGUUUUCUUUGGUUUCUUGA